AUGUUUAAUAAAAUCGGUUUUUUAUUGUUUGAAUGUUUAACAUUAACAAUAUUAAUAAAUAUCAACUCUUAUCAAUUUGGUUGGAGUCCAUUAAAAGUAUUAUUAGAUUCUGAUUCAGGAAUUAUUUGUCCCUCAGGAAAUAAAGCUUAUAUUCAUCCAAUUUUAGGAGAUUUACAACCAUGUAGUCAAAGUUUAAAUUUUUAUAAUAAAUCUUCAUGUCCAGGAAAAGGAAUUGUUUGUGAAAGAUUUCCAAUACUUGUUCCAGGAUUUCAAGAUUUUUGUUGUUGGGAGAAUACCACUACUAAAGAGGAAGAAAUUAUUCUUAAUGAAAAAUCUUCAUUACCAAAUAUUGAGGAAGAAUCAAAAGAAGUUGAUGAUAAGACAGAUAUUAAUGAAGUUUUAUUACCUGUAAUUCUUAGACCAAAGACAAAGAAAACAAAAAAAAUUUCUACUUCAGUUAAAAUACCUAAAGGAGGAACUUUUAAGAAAACUAAAAAAAGUAAAAAAACUACCACAACAUUACCUCCAACAACUACUUUAACAAGUAUGGAAAUUACCACAACAGUGCAAUUACCAACAACAGUUAAACAGAAUAAAGUACGACGUGGUCCAAAAUGUCAGAAUCCUGAAGAUUCAGCAUUAAUUGAUUUUGGUAAUCGUUUACGUGAUUGUUAUUAUCAAUCAUGUCCCAGAGGAUAUAGAUGUGAAAUUAAUAAAGAUCUUAGAAGAUAUAUAUGUUGUGGAAAAGAAGCUUCAUUAUUUUUACCACCUGGUUUACCACCAUUACCUAGUCCUGUUCCAAUUGUUCCUCAAUCAUUUAGACCAAACAAUGGAAGAAUAAAUGGUAUUCCAUAUUUUGAUGAUGAAGAACAAAAAAAAACAUAUGAAGAUAACAUUAAUAUUUUAGAUAAUUUAAGAAAAUCUAAUAUAAGACAAUCUCCAAGAAAAUUAAAAAAAAAUGGAAAACAAAAUUAUAAUGAUAUUGAUGAUGAAGAUAAUAUAGAAAAAAAUAAUAGAGAUCUCAUGGAAGGAAUACCUUUACAAAAUAACUGUUCUGAUGGUGAACUUUGUGAAAGUGAUUCUUCUCAUUUAAUUGAUAAUGAAAAUCCCUGUAUUAUGAAUGAUUGUUCUUCAAUAAUUGUAACUCAUCGAUUACCAUGUAACAAUUGCCAUGGUCCACUAACAAGGUAA